AUGUUAGAAAGAGUUCCCACGAAUCCACAAAUAACUUACGAAUAUACUCAAACUAUAUUAAUAACCAAUAAUAUUAAACCAAAUACAGAAGAAGAUAUAAUAGUGAGAAGAUUAAAUCAUGUUAGAUGGAUGUUUCAACAAAUACAUGCUGGUUUUGCUGUGACUAAAAUAGUUGAUGAUGCAAAAAAUUUAUAUGAUAGAUGGAAUGUUUACAUUUCAGCUAAUAUAGAAGAUGAUAAUUAUUUUCAGUAUAGAAAUUUACCAUCUAGUAUUCCAGAUACGAUUGCUGGAGCUCGUAGAAAACGAGAAGAAGAUAGUGAUGAUGAUUCUGGAAGAA